CUCAAACCCGUGGGUUCAGGCAAUCCACUCACCUCGGCCUCCCAAAGUGCUAGGAUUACAGGAUUUAUCUCGGGAGAAUCUUCACUCAGAGCUUCGCUGACAGUUGAGGAUGGCCAGCAAGGGGCCUUCGGCCUCUGCAUCCCCUGAGAACUCCAGUGCAGGUGGGCCCAGUGGGAGCAGCAAUGGUGCUGGAGAAAGCGGAGGGCAAGACAGUACCUUCGAGUGCAACAUCUGUCUGGACACAGCCAAGGAUGCUGUCAUCAGCCUGUGUGGCCACCUCUUCUGCUGGCCGUGUUUACAUCAGUGGUUGGAGACCAGACCUAACAGACAGGUGUGUCCAGUUUGCAAAGCUGGCAUCAGCCGAGACAAGGUCAUCCCGCUGUAUGGCAGGGGCAGCACUGGACAGCAGGAUCCCAGAGAGAAGACUCCUCCCCGACCUCAAGGCCAGAGGCCAGAGCCAGAGAACAGAGGGGGAUUUCAAGGAUUUGGAUUUGGAGAUGGUGGCUUCCAGAUGUCUUUUGGAAUUGGAGCAUUUCCCUUUGGGAUAUUUGCCACAGCAUUUAACAUAAAUGAUGGACGGCCUCCUCCAGCUGUCCCUGGGACGCCCCAGUAUGUGGAUGAGCAGUUCCUGUCACGCCUCUUCCUGUUUGUAGCCCUUGUGAUCAUGUUCUGGCUUCUGAUUGCUUAAUGCUGGGCUCCUGCCUGCAUCAAUGGCAGAACCUCUGGACUGGUGAUGUGCCACCCCUACUACUGGUGUUUGGCUUCCUGGUUAAUCCUGACCCCUGGUAUCAGUAGGAUCAAUAACACAUCAAGGAGUCUUGCUCCAGAGCUUUGGAACUCAAAACCAGUUGGUGAGGACCCCCAAGUGUUGCCACUGCUGUAAACAUCCUACUGAAACCUCAGGCCUUGCCUUUGAGUCCCCUCUCAUGGGUCCUGACUCUGCAUAGGGAAGAGGCAGGAAGAGCAAAACUGUCAGAGUACAAUUUCACCUGAGAGUUUAAUAUUACAAAAACAAAGGAUGGACCAAAUGGUAUUUAUGUAAACUUUCAUCUCUUUAAAUACCCUUGGUUAGUGGCCUCUGAAGCCAGCAGAGGCUCUUCAUACAGAGUGGUUCCCCUUCCAAAUCCCAGUGCUGCUCUGACUUCUUUCCUCUUCCUCCCACCCUCUUUUUCCUCAGCAGAGAUUAAAGAAAUUGCUGCCUGUCCCUCAAAGAUCAUAGUUGCAGCAGCUAAAGCUGGAGUUACUUCAUGAAUUUACCAGAGCCCCAAAGAUCUUUUAUUGGCUCUGGCCCUUGCUCAGUGUCUUUAGCCCCAGAGAGUAGCUUGAAGGACCACCUGGUUUCCUAGCAUAGACUAUCCCUGGUAAGACAUGUGGCUUCACUCACAACUUCAUUUCCCAUCAACUUUCUCCCUAAAACAAUGUGCAUCUGCCUCUCUCUGCCAGAGAGCAAACAGUCUAGACUACUGCUGAAGCUGGAACUGACUGCUGUGCAUAGGAAAAACCUGGAGUCAGGGCUUCCAUGGGAUUCGGAGCUCUGAUGCAGGAACAACCAAACAAGCAGUCUGUCCCCUGGGCUGCAGAAGCUCGAGUGCAUCCUUUCUCGGAACCUACCCAGAGGAAACAAGGAUUUGUCAAGUCAGCCCAGCUCCAUGUUGAAGACCACUAUCUACAGAAGCCAGGUUGUCCUUUAUGAAGCGGCAGGGAGAGGGGAGACCCACAUGUGCCCCUGAUUUUUUAUGGCUUGACGGGUUUCCCUGAAAACUUGUGUGUGUGCUAAAACCAGGGAAGCAUGUGACUCCCAAGCAGGCAACCCCUGAUGAUGUGUACAGCCAGGCAGCAGGGUCUGGAGAGCCCCAGCACUAUGAUAUGAUGUUGUCUUCCUUCCUGAGGACUCCAGGGAAAAAUAUUCUUCCUAAGAUCUUGAUUUAUUUUUUGAGCUUGCAGGAUUCUUCCUCUGAAUCUUACCAAGGGACUGGUAGCAGGCAGGUAGGACAGUUCACCUAGUGGAACAGUUCUUGCUCUGCCUGCCAGGCUUCGUUUUAGAAAUCCACCCUCUUCUGGAGACCCCAAAGUUGCGAGGAGAUGGACUUCCUCUGGGAGGUACUUCCUCUCUUUUGUCACACUGCUCCUGGCUAAUCCCCAUCAAUAGCCAACAAAUAGUAGGAAGCCCCUCUAGUACUUUUUUUCCAGAUAUCAUUCUGCAUAGUUUAUGGACUUUGAUGAAGGUGAGGGAUGCCCUCCCCCUUCCACAACCCCCACCCUUUCUCUUUUGCACCUGUCAAUGCCAGAGUUCAGUGUUUAAACGGACAAAAUACAAAAGUAUUUAGGCUCAUUUGUUGAAUCCACUUGAUAGGAAUAAGCCACCAGCUUUACAUGUGCCUGAUGGAUUUUAGAUAUUCUUUGGCACCUACUCAGGAGUGCUGUUUUAUCAUCUUUUGGAAAGUUCCAACGUCAAAAAGGCCCUGGAGUUUCUCUGCUUUAGAGUGAAUUGGUGCGAUUCCUCAGUGCAGUGGCUCCAACUAGUGGAGGGAGAGAGGACUUCACUCAGAUGGGCUCAACAGAAACAGGUUUCCAGAAGAAAGAUUAGAGUUGUGAAUUGGAAGACCAAUCAUUUGGACUCUAAUGAAAUGGAGUUAGCCCAGGAGAGCUCCAUCAACAAAUGCAUCCAGGAACUUGUUUUUUAAAAAAGCCAGCUUGGCCAUGUGCCCUUUGAUUUUGAACCAUAUAUGUCCCCUCUCAUCCUCUGCCAAGAGCUGAGGCAGGAGAGCUGACUUGGGACUGCUGGCUCAGCCCCAACAGAGAGCCCCCUUCCACUGGCCCUCUGCAGGUUUACCAUUUAUCCUUCUGCCAAGGCAGCUUUUCUUUCUUUUGUGUGUUUCUUCUGUGUUCUCAGCCUCCACCCUCCUCUUGCCACCCUUGUGGAUUGGGACCGGGUCCUGACCACAGUCAGAAAAUGAUGUACAGUGGCACACCUUAACCAGUCACUAAUUUUCACUGUUGUGAAAGUGAUUUGAUUUAGAAUUAAACAAAUGGUUUUACAUUAC